UGUGGCAAUCAAUCAGAUGAUGUCACAUGGCUAUCAUCUGCGAAAACUUUCUCUCUCCCCAGUUUUCUCUCUCUUGUUCUCCCUCCUCUUUCUCCUCCUCCUGUCUCUUCUGCUCUGCAACUCAGUUCUAGAAGCUGUACCCAGAAAUCUGGGUUUUUCCUAAAGCCAAGAGGUUUCAUUCAUUGAACUUCAGCUACGAUUUUUCUCCAUUUCCCAUUUCCAUGUCAACGACUUUGUUGUCUGUCCAUUUCCCAAUUCUCUUUACAUUCUGAUAAAGCCAGAUCUUGGGCAACAACUCUAGUGAUAUGGAACGCAAAUUCAAGCUCAUUUUGGUUCUGGGUUCGAGCUCUUUAGCUAUACUGCUGAUUCUCUGCUCAAUGAUUUAUUGUUUGUGUCGGAGAAAACCUGGGAGGGAUCAAUCGGAAGACACGGAAGGCGGAUUCCAGUUCAAGGAGAAAGGCGAGGAGGAAACAGAGGACCUGAUCAAGUUCCAGGGCGGCGAAGAUCUCACCGUGCAUGAAAUCCUGGAUGCUCCCGGCGAAGUGAUCGGAAAAUCGGGCUACGGCACUCUGUACAGGGCGAGUUUGCUGGGGGUGAAUUCGGUGGUGGUGCUCCGGUUUCUCCGGCCGGCCUGCACCGGUAGUAUCAACGAAGUGGUGGCUACGGUUCAGGUUUUGGGUUCGAUUCGGCACCCCAAUUUGGUGCCUCUGGGAGCGUUUUAUGCCGGGCCGAGAGGGGAGAAACUGCUGGUUCAUCCCUUCUAUGGGCGGGGAAAUCUGGCUCAAUUCAUACGAGAUGGAAAUGGAGCUCACAAAUGGGAAAUCAUAUACAGGAUCUCACUUGGUAUUGCCAGGGGAAUAGAUCAUCUUCAUACUGGAAUGCAUAAGCCCAUAAUCCAUGGCAAUCUCAAAUCGAAAAACAUAUUAUUGGACCGCAAUUACCAGCCAUGCGUGUCAGAUUCCGGCUUACAUCUCCUCUUGAAUCCCACAGCAGGGCAAGAGAUGCUCGAAGUGUCUGCAGCACAGGGAUAUAAAGCGCCCGAGUUGAUUGAGAUGAAGGAUGCAAGCCAAGAAACUGAUGUAUACAGCCUCGGCGUGAUCUUUCUAGAAAUUCUUACAGGGAGGGAGCCAAUCAACGAGAACCCAACCCCUGAUGAGGACUUCUAUUUGCCAAACUCCAUGAGAAAUGCCCUGCUUGAGAAUCGAAUUAUGGACCUAUACCGCGCUGACAUUCUUCUUGGACAAAGCGGUGAUCAGAUUCGAGUUCAUGAAGAACGCAUACACAAGUUUUUUCAGCUUGCGAUAUCUUGUUGUUCUACUUCACCCUCUCGUAGGCCCCACAUCAAGCAAGUCCUCAGGAAGCUUGAUGAAAUCGGAAGGUAAAAGCCCGGAUUCUGCGGAAACUAGGUCUUCUUGAUAAAUCAGCUUAGACAAACUGAUAUGAAGCUGAGUAUGACACUUAGGUUAACUAAAUUCGUCGUCCCUGAUAGUUACAGAUAGAAUGGUGAUGGUUACGAGGGAUACAGAUUUUUUUUUUUUGUUUUUGGUGGGGAGAAGGGGACUUAAUUUGGUGACUUUGAAGCAAAGAGGAAGCUCUUUAGCCAUCAAAUUCUGAUAGUUUCGUCGGCAUGGACGCCCCUUUAGGUAUAAAGAUUUUGAACAUUACAGCAAGCUAGCACGGAUUAUAGAGUUGGCUGUUUCAGGGAUUUGAUCUUCGGGGGAUAUUGAAAUGUUGCUUGGAGCAUGAAGAAGGGCGAGAUGGGCUAUUUUCAGUUUGUUCAGUUCCACAUGUUUGAGUAUCAGUAAGCUGAAAAAGAGGCUAGAGAGCUCUUCUAUUGAAGUUGGAUUUUCUUUUCCAACUUCUAGACGAAUUAAUUUCCCACAAAAUUUUUUUAUGAUCCUUAGUUUGUUAACAGUACAGGACUCGCAGAAAAUGAAUAUUGGGGUUAAUACUAGAGUUUCUUUUCUGUUGGUUUGUGCAUUAUUUAGCUCUUUUUGAGUUUGAUCAUCUUAAGAAACUAGUUUUCAGUUUCGUCCUUUACCAUGAAAUCAAAGUUUUCCCUUUGUUUUUUAGGGCACGUUUUAGUAGUGUUCCUGACAGUCAGAAGCAAACCAACGUCGAGGGAUGGGGCCCUGCGAUUGGUCCGUCAAGAAAUGGCUAGUACAUGCAAAUACUCUGACGCUCGAGUGAGUAAAAGAGAAAGAAAUGACAAAAUAUUAGUAAGUCAAAGAGAAACAUAUCUUGGUUCUGAAGAAAGAGUUCAUAUAGAAAGAGGAGUUCUCUUAUAUGCAUAUGUCGUGCGUUUGAAGGUGAUGGAACCGAGUAUUCGGCAUCGGUGGAGAUUUUCAGGUGAUAGCAUAGUAUCGACAAGAGUCUCAUUAAUGUGAAUGAGAUCUGCCAUUAAUGAGGAUGAGAUUUGAGCGAGCGUGCAAAUACUUAGUAUGGGGGUUGUAAUGAUGCUGCUGCAAGCUAGUGCAGGACCAGGGCCAGGCCAAGAUUGAGCUAUGAAAAUUGGGUCAAGAUUGAGCGGGAG